CAAGAGACCAAAGCCUUAACCACUAAGCUACCACACCUCCGCCUCCCUUGUAUAAUCCAUGGGUCUAGAACCUGCACUCUUUGGAAGAAAAAUAAAGGUUCCUUCACAGUCUUUUGAAUGGUUAAUCAAUCAGUCUUCUUAUUCUAUGUUCUCUGGAAACUAGUUUACUUUUUAUUCCGAAAGAGAAACAGAUCCUACAGUUAAAAAGUGCAGCGAAUGAGAUUGCAGACUGCUGCUUUAAUGUUUUUGUUUUGAUUGGUUGAUAAAGCUGACCACGUUAGAAAGUCUGGGAUGGUCGCAAUGGCAUUUUAUCCUCAUACAUUUUUUUUAAUCUUGGUGAUCCCUUUCAGGAUGUAAAGUCAGUCAAACCGUUAAGAAAAAUCAUUUACAGCAGCUUUAAUCCCCUCCCCCUGCUCACGCCCGGCUUUCCUCGUUGUGUUUGUGUGGGAUUAAGGAUGGAGAGGGAUUACACUCUGUCCUAAACACAACUCUCUCCGGUCUAAACUCUGCUCCGGACUGGAAAACUACGCGAGCGAGACAUACAGGACAUACAGAGAGAGGAAAAGUUUCAGAUGUGAAAUCAUCCAGCCUUGAGAUCUCAGGACAAUGAAGCCAGCUAUGGAGAACAGAGCUAAGGUGGACCCGCUCAGUGUGGAGGACGAGGAUCUUGUGCAGAUCUUGUCUCACGUGGUCCAAGAAGUGAAGGACUCUGUUGGCAGGGACAUAAAUGGGACUUAUGUGCUGCAUGGUCUCCUGAACACUCCAUGGUUACAGUCUUUACUGAAGGUUUACGAGUGUUUGCAGCAAUAUCUGAGGAAUUCAGCUACCCCAUAUCUCCCCUAUGCCUCUGGGCUCACACUUGAGAUUCUAUCAGAUUUGAGAGCUCUGCCAUACCCAUCCUAUGAGGCCAGAGAACUUUACUGCCUUCUCAUGGAGCCACACAUGCAGGCUCUGCUCUCAGCCCAUGAUGUUGUUGGACUGAAGGACUAUGAGCCUGUAUUGCCUCCACUGCCCGAAGACUUGGCCAACAAUGAGGAGGCCAUGAGGAUCGUCUGCAUGGUCAAGAACAACCAACCUCUGGGAGCGACUAUACGGAGAGAUGAAAUGACAGGAGAGAUCUACGUGGCUCGAGUUAUUCAUGGAGGACUGGCUGACCGCAGUGGUCUCUUGCAUGCUGGAGACAGACUGGUGGAAGUGAACGGACAUCCUGUGUUUGGACUGGAACCAGAGCAGAUAAUAAAAAUACUGGCUCACUCACAUGGAACCGUUAUGUUUAAGGUAGUCCCGAUUACUGACAGACCCAUCAACAACAAGACCAUGCUGUUUGUGCGAGCCAUGGUGGACUACAACCCUCACCAGGACCCUGGCAUCCCUUGCGUGGACGCUGGCAUGGCUUUCAGGAAGGGCAACCUGCUGGAGAUAGUGGACCAGACAGAUGCCCUCUGGUGGCAGGCGAAGAAACUGCCAUGCAGCUCAACAUGUGCUGGACUCAUCCCCUCGGCCUGCAUGCUCAAGAGGAAGCUGAAAGAAUUCUGGUGGUCGCAGCCUCACACCUGCAAUAAAAUAUUGAGCACAGUGGACGAAGAGGAUGACAUGAUGGCUAUAGAUGUGUCUAUUGUAGAGACAGAUGAAGAAGCAUUUGAAUCUGAAGAACUAAAGGAGGAUGAGAGCGAGUUUAGCACUAGUGUUGAUGGUAUCUAUCUCGCCGGGUUCCGGAGGAGUCUACGUGUGUGUCGUCGGCGUAGGGCUCAGGGUGGAGUUUCAGGCCUGAUCCGCCCCCUGUGCUGCUCCAGUUCCCUCACCGGUCCAUACGAGGAGGUUGUGCGGUACCAGCGCCAUCCAGAGGACACACACCGCCUCAUCGCCCUGCUGGGUCCGUCUGGAGUCGGUGUGAACGAGUUGCGCAGGAAACUGAUCGAGAUCAACCCCAGAACCUUCCUGGGACCCACACCACACACGACGAGGCCACGGAAGAUGUACGAGGAGCCCAGGCGAGAGUAUCACUUCCUCAGUAGAGAUCAGUUUGAGAACAUGGUGCAUAACAACAGGUUUGUGGAGUACGGUGAGUUCAGAGGUCACCUCUACGGCACCAGUGUGGACACAGUGAAGGACGUUCUGGCUGCUGGGAAGAUCUGCAUCAUUGAUAUUGAUCCAUAUGCCAUUGCAUCAGUACGGACUCCUGAGCUGAAAGCGUACAUCAUCUAUAUAAAACCUCCUCCUUUAGCCCAAAUGAAACGAACACGGAUCAACGCCCAGGUGACUAAUUACUGCAGCAGUCGACCGUUUAAGGAUGAGGACUUUUAUGAGAUCGAGGAGGCAGGCUGCAGGAUGGAGCAGCAUUACGGUCAGUUUUUUGAUCACGUGAUUGUGAACGAUGGCCUGCAGUCGUCCUGUGUCCGGCUGAUGGCGGCGGUGAGGAGAGCUCAGGAAGAGCCGCAGUGGGUUCCUGCAUCGUGGAUCAAACCGGCUGAGGAAACAUGACAUUCACGGCUCAGUUUUUUUUGUUGCUGUUUUUAAUACCACUGAUUUAACUCACAGCAACAAAACGCUCAUGAGAUGAAUCCAAUCAUUGUUAGUGGAGGUCUUGUGAUGGAGCUCUUGAGGACUCCAGCUUGAGGAUGUGUGAACUUACAUUUUGUGAAUAGAUAAUGUACAGUCAUGUGAUCACAAAAAAGUCAUGCUUCAUGAAAUUUACUUCUUAAAAUAUAUAUUGCGUGUGUUUAUUUUAAUCAUGUCAGGAUAUGAAUGAAAAAAAUAUUCCAUAAAAUGUUACACUUGCACAUAAAUUAUGCACAACAUUCUCUACAGCAAACAUUCGAAUCUGUCAGAUUUCCUGGAUGGAAAGCCAAAUACAUGCAUUACAUUUUAUCUACAAUAAAAAUGAUUUACUUAACUUUAUUUACUAUUUAUUAUUUACUUGUUUGCCGCAUUUAUAACCCAGAUUUAAUAAUACAAGUCACGUGACGCUUGAAGCGACCGGUCUGUAUCCAACGGCAACAAACAACAUGAGGGCUUUAUUCCGAACAACAUCCCAUCAGCAUCAGAAGUGCACUACCUAGGGCAUGAAUUAACGGGCUAUUACGUCAUAUCUAGUGCACUACAUAUACUUUAUGUAUGUAUUUGAGAUUUAGCCUCGUGAAGGCUGAAAACAGAAAUCUCUGCGUUUUUGUUCUCGCUCUCCUUUUUCUUUUUUUUUAAAAUCCACACUAGAAUAAAAAGCUGAUAUUUAUGAAUUGACAAGGGUGUUAUUUUAUUUGAAAUAAACAUGACAAUGGACAUGGACGAUGAAAAGGUUUACAGCACAAGAAGAAGAGACCUCCCGCCAAUUACACACGUGCAGAAAGUAAGUUUUGCAUGCUAAAGGCUGUUUAUACAUGCUGCACAACACCGGUUGCCAGAUUAAGUAGAUUUACGUUUUUGGCAAGAAUUGCGGAUUUGUGCUGAUCUACAGCGGGUUUAAAAGCCAACUUUUAUAUAAACCUACAAGUGAAACCGAAUAAUCCAGGUUUGUUUAUGACUUAACUAAGGAGUCGAAUCAGGAGUUGCAUGGAAAACGAUUCCGAGUCGAUUGAUAAUUUGAACUGAGCCAGUUUACUCGGCUCAGUUCUCAAAAAGAGCCGACUCUUGUAAACGCCUCCUGGUCUUUUUCUUCUUCUUUUCUUUUUUUUUUUAAAUAAUCUCUUUUAAAUGUUUUAAAUCACCAAGGAGCUACAUAUAUUAUUAAUAAGCCUAAUAAAACAUUCAUUUUUGACAAUAAAAAUGUAAAAACCUUAAUUUAACCAUAAUGCAGAAGAAGAGCCACAAUAUUCUGGUUAAAACUGGCUGUGCAUUUUUAUUGUGUGUCAAACAAAUCACUUGUUAAUAGGUUUUCAUGGCUGCUUUUCGAUGAUUUCCGGAGAGCAUUGUGCUGAGAGCUGAUGCAUUUUUAUUGAAUCACAGGAAUUUGGAAAAAAUAUGAAUGUGUGUGUGUGUUAAAAAUCAUUUAAAGGGGAAGUAAAGCUCAUGAAUCUCAACUCUUGAGUAAGUAGUGGCGUAAUCCUGGCCUCAAAUUUAGCUCAGCACUAAUCCAAGCACACACCUGCACACGUGUGUGUGUGUGUGUGUGUAAUGUCACUUUCUCGCCGUUGAUCUUUAGUAGGAAUGACGAAGAAACAAUUGGUGAGUUUUCAUCACAUACCGGUGCCUGAGACAGAAAAGACGGCUAGAGCGGUUCAGUGGUUUAUACCUGGUGCUUUGUGUUUAUUCAGAGACGUGACAUUGUGACUUUUUUUUUUAAAGCGGGGUCCACGUGCGUUACCGUCUUUGCCGAGCCAGGAUACAGCAGGUUAG